GGGUUGUCGAUAUCGUUGGGGUCGUAUACGUGUUGGUACUUUCGCAGGCGACUGCAGGCACCACAAAAAGCCCUAACUGCCCACGCAUCUGACAAAUGGUCUCUUACGUCGCUUUCGUGCCAGACGACGUGCUGCUCACUGCCGUCCUUGAACGAGUGGAGUGCCCCAGGUCGCUAUGCGCGCUCUCUGGAGCUUCCAGGAGGUUUCGCCAACUCUCGGGUUGCGAAACCUUGUGGACGACCCUUUGGACCGCCCGAUGGGGUGAACCGGUGAACCUUACCCGCCGCGCGGCUACCCUCGCCGGCGGAUUUAAGAGGCUGUAUGGGAGCAAGGCGACUACCGACAAGACCAGCGUGCCGUGGACCAAGCCGUGCCCCGAGGAGCUGCAAGCAAGCGUGGAGAAGCUCACCAGGCGCAUUUGCGGAGACGCACAGCAAGUCAGCGUUGUUUUCCUGGUGGAUGGCAGCGGCUCCGUCAAUGGCGAUGAGUUUGAGGCCAUGCUUGGUUUCAUCGUGGACGCCAGCACACAGAUCAAGGGCAGCGUAGCCCACGGCCAGGUGUCGGUGGUCCAGUUCAGCAACGACGUGCGCGUGGAGGCUCCGCUGGCGCCCGUGGACCUGGAGGCGCUGCGCAGGACCACACACGACAUGGUCCGCAUGAACGGCGGCACCAACGUGGCGGCCGCGCUGCAGAAGGCGGGCCAGCUGCUCAAGCGCGACGCGGCGCCCGACGCCAUGCGCCACGUGGUGCUGCUCACGGACGGACGGGUGGACUCACACCAGGCGCAUGAGGUAGCCGACCAGCUGGCGGACGAGCAGCGCCACGUGUCGCUGUUCGCGUACGGCGUGGGUCGCGGAGUGGACCGAGCGGAGCUGCUGCACAUCAUCGGGGGGCCGCCCACCUGCACCUGCAUGCGGCCCGCAACCACCACCACCGGAACCACCACCGCCAUGAGCGCUACCCCUGCAGGGGCGGCGGCGGAGGGGGAGGAAGAGGAGGAGGAGGUGGUGGAGGGUGGUGGCAGCAGCAGCGGCGGCGGGAAGCGGGGUGCGGGGGACGGACCCAUGGGUCUGAGCGCCUGGGGGGAGCCGCCGGAGGACAGGUACCUAGCCCUGUGCGUCCGCGAGGACGGGCCCUGGUAGCGGGCUGGUGGGCCGGCAGGGGGGGCAGGGAAGGCAAGCAGGUUGUGCUGGCUGGGAAAGGCAGGGGGAGGGGUGUGUGGCUGAACAUCUUGAACACUCGGGGAGCAAGGAGCGUUUGUCGCGGGAUGCGCGCCGCCAUCCGUACAUGCACACAUACAGGCCCCGCCCCAGAGAGAAGGGUGUGGAGACGUGCAUGUGUGUAGGGAAGAAGGAGAAGAAGCGCAGGGGUGCAAGAUGUACCGGUAUUGUGGAGAUGGAUGCAGGCAAGCAGGCAGGUGGGCUCACGUAGAGGGCUCUGUUGUACACGUAUUCCAAAUGUAUCAUUAGCAACCUGUAUUCCCCUUUUCCUGCUAUGUAGCUGCAAAACAUAUGUGUUUUUGUGGCGUGCAAUAUAUGGCUAUAUUGCAUGGAUGGCAUAAGCAGUUUUGUAUCAGUCCUUGUUGAGUUGUUGUACAUUUUUUGCUUGGGUUGUUGUACCGGUUAGUUUUUCGUUAGCUGCUAGGUUGUUAGGUAGGCGGGUAGGAUAGCAGCAUGCAUUGUAAGCGUCCCGCCGUUUGUAUAUUUGUGGGGUCCAACCUCCACCAGCAGAAACAUAACAGGGUCCUGUGGGGUUGACGGUUUUUCCUGAGUUAUCCCGGCUUUCCCUGCCACUAGUGCAACUACGGU